CAGCAGGAAAAGCUUUUUUGGGGAACUUAGAGAAGUUUGUGUUUCAUCGGAGCUACGUGAUGAAAAGAAAAAACUUUUACACACCGAGUUAGAAAGUUUGAAAGUCAGCCUUGCAGUUAAGGGACAAUGGGACUCCCCACUCUGGAGUUCAGUGACUCAUUCCUGGACAGCCCGGACUUUAGAGAGCGUCUCAAAUGUCAUGAAAUAGAGCUGGAGCGAACAAAUAAAUUCAUCAAAGAACUCAUCAAGGAUGGAAAUAUGCUGAUCACUGCGCUCAACAGUCUUUCUGCUGCUGUCCAGAAGUUCUCCCAGUCAUUGCAGGAGUUCCAGUUUGAGUGCCUUGGUGAUGCAGAGACAGAUGAUGAGGUGAACAUUGCCCAGUCGUUUAAAGAGUUCGCCCAGCUUUUGAACACUGUUGAAGAGGAAAGAAGACGUUUGAUUCAGAAUGCAGAUGAUGUCUUGAUUACUCCCCUGGAAAAAUUUCGAAAGGAGCAAAUUGGUGCAGCAAAGGAGGGGAAGAAGAAAUUUGAUAAGGAAACAGAGAAAUACUACUCCACACUUGAGAAACACCUCAACUUGUCAUCCAAAAAGAAGGAGGCAUAUCUGCAGGAGGCUGACAAACAGAUUGAUAAGGAGAGACAACUGUUUUAUGAUGCGUCCCUUGAGUAUGUUUUCAAAAUACAAGAAGUACAAGAGAAGAAGAAAUUUGAGUUUGUUGAGCCGCUCCUGGCCUUUCUUCAGGGAUUGUUUACAUUCUACCAUGAAGGAUAUGAGCUGGCUCACGAAUUUGAGCCAUACAAACAGCAGCUCCAAUUCAACUUACAAAACACACGAAACAACUUUAUGAGCACCAAACAGGAAGUGGAGAAGCUGAUGAAGAGGAUAAGGUCUGCAGAUCAGGACUAUAAACCCCCAGGCCAGUGGACUAUGGAGGGCUUCCUGUAUGUCCAGGAGAAACGUCCUCUGGGAUGCAAUUGGACACGUCACUACUGCACAUACGAGAAAGGCAGCAAGACUUUCACCAUGAGCAAUACUGAAAAUAAGUCAGCUGGGAAACAGAAUGGCCUUGUCCUGAAUCAACCAGAGAUGUUCAAGCUCAAGUCCUGCAUUCGGAGGAAAACGGACUCCAUUGACAAGCGUUUCUGCUUUGAUAUUGAAGUUGUUGAGAGAAAUGACAUCUAUCGUGGAACUCUUUUCAGGCCGCUUCAGUUUUUCUGUAAAGUCCGGCAUGGCGUUAUGACACUGCAGGCACUGUCAGAGUCCAACAGAAGACUGUGGCUUGAGGCCAUGGAUGGCAAGGAGCCGAUUUACAACCUCCCGGCCAUAUUAAGCAAAAAGGAGGAGACAUAUCUUAAUGAGGCAGGUUUUAACUUCAUAAGGAAAUGCAUUGACCUGGUCGAGAAGAGAGGCAUAAAUACAAUGGGUCUGUACAGAAUUGGAGGGGUCAACUCCAAAGUGCAGAAGCUGAUGACCACAGUCUUUUCAUCCAAGGCACCUGUGGACUUAGACCUGGAUCCAGAGAUGUGGGACAACAAAACUAUCACCAGUGGUUUGAAGAAUUACCUCAGGUGUCUCUUUGAGCCUCUCAUGACCUUCAAGCUCCACAAAGAUUUCAUCAUGGCUGUCAAAUCAGAUGACCAGAACUACAGGGUGUGUGCUGUCCAUGCCUUGGUCCAUAAGCUGCCUGAGAAGAAUAGAGAAAUGCUGGAGUUACUGAUAAAACAUCUUGUCAUAGUUUCUACACAAAACCAGUCCAACAUGAUGACAGUGUCAAACCUGGGUGUGAUCUUUGGGCCUACUCUGAUGCGGUCACAGGAGGAGACUGUAGCCGCCAUGAUGAACAUUAAGUUCCAGAACAUUGUGGUAGAAAUACUAAUUGAGAACUUCAACAAGAUCUUCCACCAGCCUCCAGAUCCCAAUGUGCCACUGCCCCAACCACAGAGUCGGCCCGACUCUCGCAGGAGUAGAGCCAUCUGUCUGUCCAAAGGACCCAGGAAACCCCGCAGCCUUUACACCCCAGCACUGUGCCUGGCAGAUGCAGAAAGUCUCUGUAUAGGUGACACUUUCAGCAGCAGUCCAAACAGCACACCUAUGGGCAGCAUGGAGUCUCUCUCAUCCCACUCAUCUGAGCAGAAUACCUCCUCAAAAGCAGCUUCUUCUGGACAGAGGACAGGUCCAGAAAAGUCACUGUCAGACCUCCACCGGACACCGUCACAGCUCUCAAAUGAUCCUAAGAGCACAGCGUGUGCCAGCAGCCCUGAAUCCAGCUCCAGGGAAGACACAGGGCGAACAGAUGGAGAGUCAGAGGAUGCUCUCAGCCUAUCCUCAGUCAGCACAACACCACGACUGUCUCCUGCACCCAAAAAAGCCCCCCACUGCAACACUUACCUCAAGCCAGAACUGAUGAACCUCUCUGCUUCUCCCUCUCUGAAAUCACUUCAUCUAUCUGACGGUCGCAGGAGCUGCAGUGGAUCUGUUCAAAGUUUAACCACACUGGAGUCCAAAGAGAGUGUAAAACCCACAGUGCACACGGACCUUCCACCAAAACAAGUGAUCCGCCGCAGGAUGGACGGCUCAGUCAGCAAUGGCUACCAAAGGCCUGCCUCAAUUGUUGCUGCCCGAGCACAACUUUUUGAAAAUGCCUCUUUCCAACAGUCUACUCCAGUUGGAAGAGAUGCCAAGGCCAUGUAUUCCUGUGAGGCAGAGCACAGCCACGAGCUCAGCUUCCCCCAGGGGGCACACUUCUCAAAUGUCUACCCCUCUGUUGAACCAGGCUGGCUCCAAGCAACAUAUGAGGGAAAAACAGGUUUAAUACCAGAGAAUUAUGUUGUUUUUCUGUAGCAGGUGGUAAACUUGACUUUUUUUUCCAUGGUAUCCAUGAAAAAAUAAUUCAUUUUGUUGUGACAUUCCUACUGUGGUUAUGACAUGCAUUUUUAUUGCAGAUAUUAAGCAUAGCAGAUUUCUCUUGUAACAUUAGAAGUUUAAAUCCAAAAAAAUAUACCUCCUUUUCUGAAAGAGUUAUGUAUUUAGGGAAUCUGCAGAUAUUCAGUAGAAGUAGAUGUGUUAAAUGUAAAUAUUUUACCCAACGACUGCACUGAUGCCAGUAUUAGCCUGCAAAAUCACAAAACAAUAAUUGCUUUUCAACUUUUUAUUCUCAGA